AUGGCCAAGCGACCCGCCGACGCCGACGCAGCCCAGGCGGCCGACGCCAUCAAGAACGGCGAGCGGCCCAUGGACGUCGAUGCCACCGACGACGGCCUCGACUUCGAGGACGAGUUCGAGGACGAGUUCGAGAGCGAAGACGAGAUCCUCGAGGCCGGUGUCGACGGCCGUCCAGACGACGAGCGCGAGGCCGAGGAGCGCCAGCACGCCAUGGACGUCGACCAGGACACCUUCAUCCCCGGCCGCCACAAGCUCUCCGCCGGCGAGACGCUCGCCCCCGACCUGUCCACGUACGAGAUGCUGCACACCCUCGACGCCCCCUGGCCGUGUCUGUCGUGCGACAUCCUCCCCGACAGCCUCGGCGCAGACCGCAAGACGUACCCCGCCACCAUCUACGCCGUUGCCGGCACUCAGGCCGCCCAGGGGAGAGACAAGGAGAACCAGAUCAUGGUCAUGAAGAUGAGCAGCCUGUCGCGCAUGGAAAAGGACGACGCCGACGCCGACGACGACGACGAUGACGACGACGACGACGACGCUUCAGACCCCAUCCUCGAGACCAAGUCGAUACCGCUGAACAGCUGCACCAACCGCAUACGCGCCCACCAGUCGCCCCAGGCCACCUCGGCCCGACCCCCCACCACCCUCACGGCCGCCAUGAUGGAGUCGGGCCAGGUCCUCAUCCACGACGUCACUCCGCACCUCACCUCCUUCGACACCCCCGGCACCACAAUCACCCCGACACAGAACAAGCCCGUCUGCACCAUCCGCGCCCACAAGGCCAACGAGGGCUACGCGCUCGACUGGUCGCCCCUCGUCCCCGAAGGCAAGCUGCUCACCGGCGACGUCGCAGGCAACAUCUUCACAACCACUCGCACCCAGGGCGGCGGCUUCGUCACCGACACAACCCCCUUCACCGGCCACAAGGGCACCGUCGAGGAGCUGCAGUGGUCGCCCACCGAGAAGCACGUCUUUGCCUCGGCCUCCAACGACGGCUGCGUCAAGAUCUGGGACGCCCGCUCCAAGUCGCGAAAGGCCGCCGUCAGCGUCCAGGUCUCCAACACCGACGUCAACGUCCUCUCCUGGUCGCACCAGACCGCCCACCUGCUGGCUACGGGCGCCGACGACGGGGAAUGGGCCGUCUGGGACCUGCGCCAGUGGAAGCCCACCACCUCCAUGGACGCGUCUUCCAAACACGCGCCCGUCGCAAACUUCACCUUCCACAAGGAGCAGAUCACAUCCGUCGAGUGGCAUCCCACAGACGACAGCAUCGUCGCUGUCUGCGCCGGCGACAACACCCUGACACUCUGGGACUUGGCCGUAGAGCUCGACGACGAGGAGAGCAGAGACACGGCCGGCGUGCAGGACGUGCCGCCCCAGCUGCUGUUUGUGCACUACAUGGAUCAGAUCAAGGAGGCCCACUGGCACCCGCAGAUUCCGGGGACCAUCAUGGCGACCGGCGGGUCAGGAUUCGGUGUUUUCAAAACCAUCAGCGUGUAA